ACUGUUGGGCUUUAUUUUUGGGCUAAGAUGCACGCCCAUCAGUUAAAUUACUUCCUUCUUUUUUAACGAAAUGUUGGGCUCGUUAGUUUGCAUAUUGGGCUCCAACAUGUUCAUUAUUUGUACCGCAAAGGUAAUAGCAAAAAUAGGUCGGUGAUGACCGAAACCACGACCGUGUUGACAUUUCGGUGCGGCAAAGCAGGAAAAAUCAUCUCAUCUUCACAACCGGCAUGAGCAGAAUGUGAAGACUUUAAACAGCGGAUGCUUUCCAGUAAAGGUUAAUUCAAUUUAUAUCAAAAAUCUCCCUGCAGGAAAUCGAGUAUUUGCUACGAGAACUGAAGCCAAAACACGCGAAAUGGAUAAGCUGGAUGUGUUGGAUGAGCUCUUGCCGGAUUUUCAGCAGUUCCUGAGCGACCUGACCACCUGCAAACUCUCCAGUGCCUUGGAGACCAAGGUGGAACAGUACAACAAGAGUAUUCAGGAUUAUUGUGCCACGAUACUCAAACCUGCACCGGAACCCCCUAAAGCAGCUGUAAAUGGGAAUAUUGAGAAGUUUUUGGCUGAAGAGAGGGCGAGGUCUCGAAUGUCCCACACAGUGCAGGAUGACACUUAUUACAACGUGCAUGUCAACACAGAGGCCAGCAAGCCUAGCAAUGUCCGCGGCUUUAGACAACGCUGGUCAAAGAGCUUUCGAAUUGAGCGAACAUCUUUCCAAAUUGAUGAGAACUACGAGGAACCAACGCGAUCUCCCACCGUGCCUUCGUCCAACCGACCUCCAAUCACAAGAAUAAUCGAUGACCUUCCUGAAUAUGAAGAUCCCGAUGAAAUCCCAGCCAGACCAACCGGGAAGUCGGCCACCAUGCCGUUAUCAACCAGAUACACGGAACCAUCAGAUAGCGGUGGAACGCUCAUGUCAUUCAACUCCAGCUCCUCCUCACAGCCGCAGGACGACCUACAAAACUAUGAAGACUUGCCCGACUAUGACAAUUUUGAUGAUGGUGAUGAUGGUGAAUUUAGCUCCACCGAUUACGAAGAUUAUGACGAGGACGAAAUAGGAAGGCAGCAAUCUGCUGGCGUGGAUUCCAACGCCAACAAGGCCAAGACCAAACUAGACAAGGCCAAGUUAGACCAAGAGGAGAAACUCGCCCACUUCAAGAAGCAGCACGAGAGUGACCCCAAGGUGGACCAUCUGGGACUCCUGUUCAUCCCAAGCAAAGUCAUGACCAUCUCCAAGAAGAACUUCGGUCAGUGGACCAAACGCUACUGCCUGGCCAGGGACACCCACUUGCUGUGCUACAAGAACCACGACACCAAGAGGCCCUCGCAGGACCUGGUGCUGUUUGGCUACACCGUGGCGUUCGUCGGGCAGGAAGGAAAGCAGCAGAACGUCUUCAGUAUCAGCCAUCCCAGCCGGGGAUCGGAGCUGUACAGUGCCGACAGCAAGGAAGACGCUGACAAGUGGAUUGGGGUGCUGCAGGGUUAUGCUACUAUGGGGAACGAGUUGGUCCCGUCGACGGGCUACGUGGAGAAGGAAGGCCAAGGAGCAACCUCACACACGGGAGAUGAACUCUCGAGAAAAGUCAAAGGUUUCCUGGGGUGGAACAAGAAGAAAUCGAAGGAGAGCAAUCCGCAGCUGAAUGUCGAUGGAAAGGGAGUUCUGUCAGGCUGCAUAAAUAUCAUGGGAGCCAAAUACGGCGAGCCCAAAUGGCGUAAGAAGUACCUGAUGAUCAAGAACGGCCAGUUGGAGUGUUGGUCCGAAGACGGUGAGACGCAACACUUUGACUUUCCCCUGAACGGGACUGACAUGAUGCCAGCGGAUCCCAAGGUAACCAAACGGAAGGUCGCGAUGAAAAUCAGCAGAGGCAACGAGACGCUGAUUUACUUGGAGACUCUCAACCACCUGGACAUGGGUCCUCUCCUGAAGAUAUUCAUGGAAGCAAUGACCGACUCCAAGAAAGACCCCUCAAGCUCCUCAAAAACUGGAAUGGUCUCCAGCCUGCUGAAGGCGUUUGAGAAACAGAAUAACGAGCCAGCAGAGCAGGAAGCAUAUGAUGACGUACAACUUCCUAGUGGACAACAAGCUUCUGGAGAUUCAGGAGAGUUGUACCAAAACGUCAGCACGGAUCAACAAAACGACGAUGACCUCUAUGAAGAUACCGAGAUUCCCAUUCGCCAAAAUAACCAGAACAGUGUUCCCAGUGACAAAGACAAAGAAAAGGAAGACUCACCGACUAAGAAAUCGUCGUCGUCCAUUUACCAAAACUUCAAAAUUUACAUUAACAUAGCUAAAACCAUAGACGAAGACCUUUAUCUCGAACUGCUGGAUGAUUUUGAAAAUCCCGAGAUCACGUCGCCCAAAGAAAAGAAAAAGAAGAAGAACCCGUUUGCUGUCAUGCAACGAGAUAACCGGAAGAGAAGCGAGACCCUACCAGCGAAGAUCUCCAAGAUGCCUGAGGAACCGGCGGCAGAGAGCGGCAAGAAAGACAAGAAAGCCAAGAAGAAGGAGGAUAAGAAGAAAAAGGACAAGAAGGGGAAAGGAAAAGAAGAGGUCGUUGUUAAGGAGGAAGAGGUCGUUGUCAAGGUGAAAGAGCCCCCAGCGGAAGAGACGCCCAAGAAGAAGGUGUCAGUCCGAGCAAAAACUGCGUUUGCGAAAUCCGACAAGAUGCAUCUUCUGGAUGUGGACCGCUUGGAGAUUGAACGGAAGGAAGUGGAUACGAGGAAGCGAGAAGUGACCAGACGGAAGAUAGAUCUCAGAGCUCAGAAGAGGGAGACAACGGAUCCUAAGCAGAAGGAGCUGCUGGAAAUCGAGCUACAGAAAGCCCAGCAGGAAUGGAGUGAAUGCAGCAACCGUUUGGCCUUCAUUAACACGGAGAUUGAGAGUUUGAACAAGCGUAGUGACGCCACCACGCUCCAGGAACAAAAACAGCAAUUUCGCAUGUCGAUGGUUAGAGAACUGUCGUUUAAGGACCCCAUGAUGGUGCGCAGGACACGAGAUCGCCUCUCGCUCUGCGCAAUGAGAAGUUGGAGCUUAGAUUCAGCAUCUCCUGAAAUUAUUGGAAACGGACUCUCAGUGGACUCUGCAAAGAAAGAUCAAAAGGGAUCCACCUCCCCCGGGAUGAAGGUUGCCCAGCGAGGCGGUAAUGUCAAAGAUAAACUUCAGAUGUUCCAACAAAUGGGCAACAAGUAAACCGUCUUUUCAAGAGAACCCUUCAGACCGUAAAUUGAGAAGUUAAAAUCAAUAUUUUUGUAUCAUAAACGUCUCGACUUUCCUAGAGAUCACCAUAAGGGGCGCUGUUGUCAGUAGUGAUGAUCAUUAUAGAUUGGUUGCGUUCUGCCGCCAUCUUUGAGGUGUGCUUUGUUAUGUUAAUUCAUUAACAAAAAAUGCACAAGGGAGGUACUCAUGCUUGUCCCUGCCUCAAAGGUGCUACAGUGCAAAUGAUGUGUGGGCAUUAAUGAGCCUUGUUAAGGCCAAGUACAAAUAAAAAUUGUGAUGCGAUCAAGCUACAUGAGUGGUUUGUCGACCCUGGUAAAAAAAAACUAUAUUGCAGAUUUGAAAAGAGUACAACCUCAGCAUUACUGCUGUGAAAACCGCAU